UUUGGCACUAGGCUAGGGUUUUUCAAACAGGGGCUUUUGGCGUCAUGGAUUGCGCGAAGCGGGCCAAGACGAUGAUCCCGCGCGGCUACCAGAAAGAUGUGUUCCAGAGGGCAUUGAAGGAGAAUAUCAUCGUCAAUCUCGGCACUGGAACGGGGAAGACGAUGAUCGCGAUCAUGCUCAUCCAGAGCUUCGAGGAGAGGCUGUCCAUGCCCCAGGAGAAGCGAAUUGCGGUGUUUCUAGCUCCAACGGUGAAUUUGGUGAUCCAGCAAGCUCGAGCUAUAGAAUCCUUUACGGUGCUCAAGGUCGGUGACUACUACGGUGACAAGGGAGUCGAUUCUUGGAGCGUCAAUCAAUGGCAGGCGGAGGUGGAUUCUCAUCAAGUUCUGGUGAUGACGCCUCAGGUGUUUUUAAAUGCGCUCGGGACUUCUGCGCUGAAGCUCGAGUUUGUGGAGGUCCUUGUCAUGGACGAGUGUCAUCACGCCCACAAGAAUCAUCCAUACGCGCUGAUUAUGAAGACGCACUACCACGUUUCUUGUCUCAAAUCAAAGCCAAAGAUAUUUGGAAUGACAGCUUCUCCUGUUAUUCAGAAAGGUGUAUCAUCAAGUUAUGACUGCAAUCGUAAAUUAACGGUCUUAGAAAGCAUUCUGGAUGCGAAGGUGUACACAGUGGAAGAUAAGUCCGAAGUAGAAGAGUAUUAUCCGAAUCCGACACAAUAUAAGGAGUACUAUGACAGACCGAAACAAAGGUUCUCCAGUAUACAGACUGAGCUAGAAAUACUAAAAGACCGCCUAAAUUCUGAAGCUGCGUGUAACUGUAGCGACUAUGAGCUGCAGAACAAAAUCAAAAAAUCUAUUGACAGACUUCAUCUGAGCAUAAACCACUGCCUCGUAGACCUGGGCCUUCUACCUGCGCUUCUGGCAGUGGAGAUACUCCAGAAUCGCAACAAAAGUACUUUCCAUUCAAAAUGGAAGCCAGAUGUCUCGUUGGAGGAGGAGGAGGUGAAAACGAGCUUGAAAGAGCGUUUCUUACAAAAUGUUUCUUCAAUACCAAGGUUUUCUCAAGUAUCUUCACGCUCUUAUCCGACUCUAGAGGAAAUGACUUCAGGAACAUUAAGCCCGAAAGUACUGGUACUAUUGGAUGUGCUUGAAAGAUUGAGGGGCAUUACAAACAUGCGUUGCAUUGUCUUUGUGGAACGUGUGAUUGUGGCCAUGGCCUUAGCCAAGCUCAUAUCUCGGCUUUCGUUUCUUUCUCAUCUCCGUUGUGAUUAUAUGACUGGUGUGCGUGACACGGAUGCAAGAAAUCCAACCCAGCAGCAGGAGGUCCUAGACGCUUUUGCAGGUGGCAAGCUUAAUCUGCUAAUAGCGACCUCAGUUGCAGAAGAAGGUCUUGAUGUCCAGGCAUGCUGCGCUGUAAUCAGAUUUGACGUAUGCCAAACUUUGCGAAGCCAUGUUCAAUCCCGAGGACGUGCUCGAAACCGAUUAUCAUCAACUUAUGUAUGGCUUCUGGAAACGGGGAAUGUAGAGCAGCUGAACCUGUUUAACCAGUUGUGUACAAGCGAGAGAGUGGUGGAAGAUCAAGUAAUCUUCCGAAAUUAUAUGGAUAUUACGAGAGAGGCGCCUCCAGAAGGUGACCUGGAGUUUUUCCGUGUGGAAUCAGGUGCUUGUAAAAGUUCGCAGGACAGCGUGAGCUUCAUUCACGAGUAUUGUGCUCGUCUUGGUGACAGGUACUACAAUGCAAAACCAAAGUUUUCGUUCAAAGAUUCGUUCGUCUGCACUGUGGAAUUUCCACCCAACGCUCCUCUGCGUUCAGUAGAAGGUCCUCUGAGACGUACAGAACAGCUCGCGAAAAAAGCAGCGUGUUUGCAAGCUUGCCGGAAACUUUAUGACAUGGGAGAAGUUAGACCUGACACGCUUUGCCCAGAUGUUGACGAUUUCGAUGAAGAAGACCAGUCGAUGCGGAAGAAUGAAUCAGGAAAACGCAAGGAGAUCUUCUCGACUGCAAAGCCACUCAUUUUCGAGGGAAGCUGGGUGUUUAACGAGUCAGGGGUGCAGUUGCAAUUUUAUAAAAUCUGCUUCGUGAUUGAGCCACCUGAAUCACGAACAUACUCGAACUUUGGAUUUCUGGUAAAUUGCGUCAUUGACGCAGAAGUAACCGAUUCUGAAGUGACCCUGUUCUCAAGAAAUAGAGUUGUCAACGCUAGAGUGCAUCGCGUCGGGCCAAUUCAGCUGGAUGCCAAUCAGGUAAAGGCAGCCAAGGCAUAUCAAGAGCUACUGCUCAACGGAGCUUUCAACCGUUUGGCACGCUGCUCGGGAAGUCCUCAAGAAAUCCUCUGGAACAAAUCUCAAGCGUUUCUUCUGCUACCUGUGCAUGAUGACAACGACAGUAUUGAUUGGACGAGUGUUCAUGCGACUGCGGGGGUAUACAGGACACUUUGUAGUAAUUUCUCACCAUCUUCUCCAAUGGAUGGGGAUGGUGUGGGGGAGAAGACGCACGCGGACGUGCUCUGCACUGCUAAUGGCUACGUACAUUCUUCUGCGCUCCAGGACAUGGUCGUAGCUACCGUGCACAAUGGCAGGCUUUUCUGUGUCACAGGGGUUCUAGAGAACUUUACUGCGGCAUCACUACUACCGAAGAGGGGCUUCACGUACAUAGAUUAUUACAAAGACAAGUAUCAAAGGACGUUACGGCUUCCAGAGCAGCCAUUGCUGAAAGCCAAGCCAACGCAUGCUUUUCAUAAUCUCCCCAUAAGACCCAAGGAACAAGAAGGUGAUCAUGGUUCUAGACAAGAAGAAAGUUUUGUAGAGCUACCACCUGAGUUGUGCCUGUGCCUAGAGAUUAAGUCCGGACUAAUUCGAUCGCUAUACUUCGUCCCUUCGUUUCUUCACCGGUUUACUUCGACCGUCUGUGCCAUACAGUUGCGCUCACCACUGUGGCCAUGGAUUCCUGCAGCGAAGAUCCUCGAAGCAAUUACCAGCAAAAAAUGUCACGAAGAGUUCUCAUAUGAGAGUUUGGAGCUUCUAGGGGACUCGUUUCUCAAAUACGUCGUGACUCAAAAGCUGUUCCUGGUCUACGAUAAGAAACACGAAGGCCAGCUCAGUGCGAGAAGGUCUCGCGCUACUUGUAAUGCAGCGCUACAUCAGUUGGCAAAAUCAUCUGGCAUUGCGGAAUACAUACGCGACGAAGAAUUCAAUCCUUCCAACUGGACUGGCCCGGGCAUGCUUACCUCUGAUUCAUCAAAAUGUAGGCACCAGCAGGGGAGCUAUGAAAACGAGGAAAAUUAUUUUUCAUCGUGUGCCAACGGCCAUCGGGGGAUUCGAAGGAAAGCUCUCGCCGACGUUGUAGAGGCCCUUAUCGGUGCAUACUUGGCCACGUCUGGACCUCCGAGCGCCAUGGAGCUUAUGAAACAGCUCGGCAUUGACAUAGAAUUCGACAUAGGCUUGCUUGCCUCGGCUCGCCAAGCUUCCCUGCCGGCUGAAUCGUUUCAACAUCUCCAGGCAUCGUUGGAGUCUUUAGAGCAUAAGCUGCAGUAUAAAUUUCAAAACAGGAGCCUCUUGGUGGAAGCUAUAACUCACGCAUCUCAACCGAACUGCUUGCUCUGCUAUCAGCGGCUAGAGUUCCUUGGCGAUGGCGUCCUGGACUUCCUUGUAUCCCGCCACCUCUUCGAGACUCAUCCAGGAUUACCUCCAGGAACACUCACAGACUUGCGGUCUGCAGCCGUGAACAACAAAUGGUUUGCUCGGCUGGUUCUGAGGCACGGCUUACAUCAGCAUCUUCAGCAUGGCUCCGUGGAACUUGACUGCGAGAUCCGAAAGUUCGUGCAAAACGUGAAGGAAAAACCAGACGCUUCAUGCUUCGAAGACUUGUCGGCCCCAAAGGUGCUUGGAGACUUACUUGAAAGCAUAACCGGUGCCAUCUUUGUGGACACUAACUUCGAUUUGGAGAAGUUGUGGAGAGUGGUGCUGCCUUUGUUAUCGCCUUUGGUCACUCCAGCGACGCUACGUUUCCAUCCUGUGCGCAUUCUUAUGGAGCUUUGCGCGAGAAAAGGCAUGAAAGUCAGUUUCUUCCGGACAGAGGCGACCACAACUGAAGUAAGGGUGACUUUUGGAGAAGAAUCACUUGUGGAAACUUCGCAGGAGAAGCCGAGGAAGUCUGCAAAGAUAGACGCGGCUCUGAAGAUGCUUGCCAGUCUCCAAGUAAGCUGUGGAAAUUUCUAACGCAGUUCUCUCUCUUUUUUUGCUAGACUUCGUGGUGCUAAGCUUUUGUUGUGUAAAUGUCUAGUACUGAAAGGAAAAAGUGGAGAAAGAAAUGAAGAUGCUUGCCAGUCUCCAAGUAAGCUCUGGAAAUAUCUAACGUAGUUCUCUCUAUUUUUUUGCUAGACUUGUGGUGCUAAGCUUUUGUUGUAUCAAAAAGUAAAUGUCUAGUACGGAAAGAAAAAAGUGGAGAAAGAAAUGAAAAUAUAUUACUCAACAGUUGUAUGAGAAAUUCAAAAUAUUAUUGUUCA